GUUAUCUCCGGAAGUCCUCGCUGAGUGCAGAGAGUUGUGCCCGUCUGCGUAUGUUCAAAAGAAACAGGUUUAUAUUUGUCCGGCGUGAAUUACAUUUGUGGUCUUUGGUGUGAAGACAUGAGCGUACCGCUUAUACUCCGAGUCAAGUGACCAAUUUUAGGUUCAAACUCUCCUGAAUGUCAUGGAGAACUUUGUGGUUUACAUUCCCAAGGAAGCAUGUGUCAAGAACAUGCCUCUGCAGUCCCUGUCCAGCUCCACAGCCAGGAAGAUCAGUGUCGCUCUGUCUCCACAUGGAUCAGAGAAACAGAUGCCGCAGACUGUGACGUGGAUCUGUCCGGUUGAGCUGCGGGAAAAAGAAGUGGCUGUGGGCAAGGACAGCAGAGAACUGGUCCCACUGAGCCAGAGGCAACUGAUCUCCAAAAUAACUCCAGGUCAGUUUUUGCUGCCUGUUGUGAGUUCCAGCAUCACUGCCUUUAAGGCCUUAAGAACGAUUUUAAAAGCACAUAAGCCUAAAAUACAAUUUUCCGGGCUGGAAAAUGAAGCUGCCUCUCUGCCCAGCAUCAGGGAUUCUGAUGUUCGGCGAAAUGCCAUGAUUCUAUAUAAUGGCCAGAUCUUCCUCUCAGUGAGGCGAGUGAGAUUACAAAACUCUCCCUCAGCACCUCCAGGUGUGUGUCCUGUUACUCCCAGUCAACAGAUCCAACUAAACACAUCUAGAUGUCAAGCACAAACACCCCUGGAAACGUCACCCAGACCACAGCAGAGCAAGAGUCAGGAUGUUCAGACUCCAGUCAGAGAUCUUGACAUUAACACACAGAUUUUACCUCUUUUGCACAAAGUCUCUGAAGAAAUGCCUGAACAAUGCUGUACAGACAAAGAGUGUCAAAAGGCCUGUCAAUCGGGGGAGGCUAGGGAAGAAGAGUCCAGGUCACGGAGUAGCACACCUAAAUCUCCUGAGGAUCUGGAGUCUGGUCAGGAGACGUCUAGUUCCCUGCCCAGUAUCCUCCAGCAGAUCAACCACACAUCUUCUAGCAUCUCAGAACAGCCCGAAGCAGCAGGAGGACAAAGAGAGACAUCUGAGGAUGACAAUGAGCGUUUAGAGGGCACAUUGCUCCCCAGGGCUGAGAGCUGUCUUGCAUUUGAUUUUGAACAGUUGGCCCAGGAAGAGAGAAUCAACCACCUACGAGCUCGGCUGAGACAGAAGGAAGCAUCACUCAGCAUCUUUAACUUAAAGCCGACGGAUCAGAUUUAGAGGAUCCGACUGUGCCAAAGAUGUCUGUUCAGGAGGUAUAAAAGUUCCUUGUGCAUCAUAUUAUUUGAGCAGCAGAAGAACGUCAUAAAGCUUAAAGGAAUAGUUCACUCAAAAAUGAAAAUUCAGUCAUUUAGUCACCC